AUGAAUCAAUUCACUGAUCCGAACAACACAACCGUGUUCGUCGGCGGACUUUCAUCAAUCAGAUACAAGGUUGCCCGAUCGAUCGGUAACUCUCGCGUUCGACUGUCCUGGGGCACCCUGGCCCCUCGCUGGCUACGGCUGGCGAGGCUGAGCUAUUGGGUGUCCCAUCUGUCCAAGGGCAUAGACACCGUCAAACAGAUCGGCCACAACCCGAACAAAGACGACUCUCACCGAGACGCCGAUCCCUGA